GUACAUACAGUAUACAUAUUUAUUCACACAAGUAUUAUCUGAUUGAUUGAUAUGAUCGGCCGACAUCGGCGUGCCCCACUUCGGGACGAAAACGAAAUCGAACGCAAAAGGGCACAAAUGAAUCAUCCUGGGACUGAGCCAAAACGCCAGCCAAGGCGCGGGAUAGCGCUACUAUUACGGGUAAAGAAAGGAGAAUGCCAGGAUCGUCGACCAAUGCAAGGGUUUCCUUCCCAUUCCUGACAGUCUGGAGAUCGACUGGUGUCGCAUUAUUGUUAUCUGAUCCGGUAGUCCAACAUCCCGUGUCUAUCACGUGUCGAUGCCGUGUCCUGUUUGACAGUGACAGUCCCGGAGAACAGCUUCCGAUGAGAAAGAAUACUGAUGAUGAGGGAUAUGUAGAUUUCCGUAUCGAGUAUAAAAAUGAUGUUAUAAUAGCUCUUCCUUCCCUGUCGAUAAAAUCAGCUGAUGGUUGACUGCGACGGCAAAGGGAGGGCAGAAGUUGCAUCCGGAUCUGAUUAGAUUGGUGGGAAUGGUAAUUGUUCGGUAAUCAUCGGUAUUGUAUUGUAGAACAUAAACACACCUGUAGACACUCUGUAGAUGUAAUCAUAUCCUACACAUUAAUAAACUGG